UCAAGUCCAUCAUCUCCUGAACCAGCCAGUCUUCCUGCAGAAGAUAUUAGUGCAAACUCCAAUGGCUCCAAACCUGUAGAAGUCAUGCUAGAUGAUGACAGAGAAGAUCUUUUCGCAGAAGCCACAGAAGAAGUUUCUUUGGACAGUCCAGAAAGAGAGCCUAUCCUCUCCUCUGAGCCUUCUCCUGCAGUUACUCCUGUCACACCUACUGCACUCAUUGCUCCUAGAAUCGAAUCAAAGAGUAUUUCUGCUCCAGUGAUCUUUGAUAGAUCCAGAGAAGAGAUUGAAGAAGAAGCGAAUGGAGAUAUUUUUGAUAUAGAAAUUGGUGUGUCAGAUCCAGAAAAAGUUGGUGAUGGCAUGAAUGCUUACAUGGCAUAUAGAGUAACAACAAAGACUUCUCUUUCCAUGUUCAGUAAGAGUGAAUUUUCAGUCAAAAGAAGAUUCAGUGACUUUCUUGGUUUGCAUAGCAAAUUAGCAAGCAAAUAUUUACAUGUUGGUUACAUUGUGCCACCAGCUCCAGAAAAGAGUAUAGUAGGUAUGACCAAGGUCAAAGUAGGUAAAGAAGACUCAUCGUCCACUGAGUUUGUAGAAAAACGAAGAGCGGCGCUGGAGAGGUAUCUGCAGAGAACAGUAAAGCAUCCGACCUUGCUUCAGGACCCCGACUUAAGGCAGUUCUUGGAAAGCUCAGAGCUGCCGAGAGCAGUUAAUACACAGGCUCUGAGUGGAGCAGGAAUAUUGAGGAUGGUGAACAAGGCUGCCGACGCUGUCAACAAAAUGACAAUCAAGAUGAAUGAAUCGGAUGCAUGGUUUGAAGAAAAGCAACAACAAUUUGAAAAUCUUGACCAGCAACUUCGGAAACUUCAUGCCAGUGUUGAAGCCUUGGUCUGCCAUAGAAAAGAGCUUUCAGCCAACACAGCUGCCUUUGCUAAGAGUGCUGCCAUGCUAGGUAAUUCUGAGGACCACACUGCCCUGUCUAGAGCCUUGUCUCAGCUUGCAGAGGUUGAGGAGAAGAUAGACCAAUUACAUCAAGAACAAGCUUUUGCUGACUUUUACAUGUUCUCAGAACUUCUUAGUGAUUAUAUUCGGCUCAUUGCUGCAGUGAAAGGUGUGUUUGACCAUCGGAUGAAAUGCUGGCAGAAAUGGGAAGAUGCUCAAAUCACUUUGCUCAAAAAACGUGAAACUGAGGCAAAAAUGAUGGUUGCUAACAAACCAGAUAAAAUUCAACAAGCUAAAAAUGAAAUAAGAGAGUGGGAGGCGAAAGUACAACAAGGAGAGAGAGAUUUUGAGCAGAUCUCUAAAACAAUUCGAAAAGAAGUGGGAAGAUUUGAGAAAGAAAGAGUGAAAGAUUUUAAAUCUGUUAUCAUCAAGUACUUGGAGUCAUUAGUACAAACACAGCAACAGCUGAUAAAGUACUGGGAGGCAUUCCUACCUGAAGCCAAAGCCAUUGCCUAGCGAUAACGUUAUCCUUGUUAAGGAGACAUUGGAUUCCUCAGUGAGAUCAUCUAGAAACCAUCUAAAUAAACCACUAUAUAUUUUAUGAAUCACAUGUGGUUUUUUUUAUAUAUAAAAACAUAUGCGCUGACAUUUUAUUACAAGCUGCAUGUCCUGACCCUAUUUGAAUUAAGUGGACUGUGGCAUGACAUUCUGCAAUAUUUUGCUGAAUUGAACACUAUUGUGUCUUAAAUAAUUGCACUAAAAAGUGCAUCGCAAGGCCAGAAAAUUUUACAAUCUUUUGUCUUUUAUGUUCUGUAGUAUGUUUACCCUCAUUAUGAAGAAUAUUAGCAAAUGCAUUGAUUAAUGUUCACUUAUACAUUCCUGUACAGAAAUUAUGAUUUUGUGAUUAUAGUAAUAAAAUAUUACUUGUGAAAUAUUAGUAAUAAAUUAUUUGAGUAUGUAAACAUGUUAGGGAUCUUUUAAUAGGAAGAAAUACUUCUAAAUGUAUAUAGUUAAUACUGUCAUUCCUUAAAUGUUUUAAUUGAUAGGAAAUGCCAAGUUCUUACAUUGAUUUGAAUAGCUAAAUGAAACUUAUAAAUUGUCUUAUAAAACAACCAUAAAUCAGGGAACAGUUAUCUUGGUCAUUUUAGGUAAAGAAGAGAAUAUUAUAAAUGCCCAAUUGAAAAGUUAGAAGAAGUUGGGCAUGUAGUCAUGCCUGUAAUCCUAGUACUUGGGAAAACUGGAAUAAAUGGAUCAUUGCAAGUUCAAGGCCAGUCUGGGCUAGAGAAUCAAAACAAACAAAGGAUAGUGUUUGUGUUUCAGUCAUAUGUGUCGUGGAUUUCUUUUUCUUUAGCUCAUCUUGUUACCUUCAAAUGUUUUAUUGUUGCCUCUGUUUCUAUUUUAAACUAAAAGCAGGUCAUCUGCAGUCAUGAUUGAAAAGGAAUUGGUACCAUAUUAAAACACCAUGGUUUAAUGAGUAGCCAAGGACAGCAAAAAAAAAAAAAAAAAAAAAAAA